CUUUGACGAAUGACCGACCAACCAUAACGUUACAUCCCACGGUAACUCUCUCAGUCGAGAGCCGGACUUGGGACCUGAUCGAAGCGAGCGAGGACGACCGAGAUCUAUUUGCCCAGAGAUACUUCUCUUCUUCAGCGCACAACACUUUCACCAAGAUGUUGAGGGGAAUCAUUCUCGUUUUCGUAGCUCUGCUCGUUGUUGCCAGUGCGACCGAAGUCAAUUAUUGCGGCAGUAGCAAAACGUUCGAGGAUCCGAAUUCGGUCAAGAUAAGCGGCUGCGACGUCCCACCGUGCAAAUUGAGACGCAGGACGAAGGCGUCGAUCGAAUACAAGUUCACACCGGACGAGGACGCCGAGAACGUGGUAAACAAUGUGAGCGCGUCAAUUUUUGGUGUACCGUUGCCGUUCGUCGGCGUGGAUGGGACGACCGCAUGCGACAACAUUUUCAAUCUGGACGGAACUUCGGCUGGAUGCUCGCUGAAGAAAGGCGUCGAUUACAUCUACAAGCGCGAGUUCCCUGUGUUGCAGAUAUAUCCUAUGAUCUCCAUGACCAUUCACUACGCGUUGAUGGACAAGAACCGCACGGUCGCGUGCUUCGAGGUUCCAGCGAAGAUCAUCAAUUAAGGGGAACGGCUCGUUCUUCUCUCUCGAAGAUCGUGUUGAAGUUGCAGAAGUCACGAAGGUGCACGCCUUUGGCAUCGAACAUCCAUGGAAUGGAAAACGACAUAGACGACGUGGAAGAGAGCGUUCGCGCGACAGAGCGAUUCUCACGUAGUCUUCUUUACGAGAACGAGCUUAAUUCAGUAUAACACUAUAUGCGAGUAAAUGUACCUAAUUAUUAAUAAAAGCUUUUGUAUACUUUCGCCGGCGCGACGU